UGAGAGGCAGGACUUCCUGUUCUUUCUAGACCCGCAGCUGGAGGUGACAGACAGCGUGACUGCCGGCUAAUCGGUUUUUGCGGAGGCUAGAAAAGUUAAGGGUGCCUGUACUAGUUGCCGCUCUCAGCCCGCAAGAUGCCCGAUCUGGCGGCCGCGAGCCCUGCCCCUUCUGAGGCGCAGGAGAAGAAGCCGCUGAAACCCUGCUGCGCCUGCCCGGAGACCAAGAAGGCGCGCGAUGCGUGCAUCAUUGAGAAAGGAGAAGAACACUGUGGACACCUAAUUGAGGCCCACAAGGAGUGCAUGAGAGCCCUGGGAUUUAAGAUAUGAAAUGGUGGUCUGCUCUGUGAAUGAAUAAUUCCUGAAGAAUGAAGAUGAUUUAAUAAUUUGGGGAGUUCUUUAAUGAACUUUGAUAAAUGGAAAAAGAAUCUAUAAUUAAAAAAAGAGGAAAUUGCAUGGUCAAAAAUCUUUAGGUGUGUUUCUUGUGUUCCUCAUAUCUGUACACGACGCUUAUUUUUUUUCUUAAAGGCUAUAGAAUAAACACAUCUUGUAAUAUAAA